GGUGUAGAAGCAGGAAUUGGUGUGUGAAAAUGGAAGGGAAGGAAGCAGGGUACUGGAGAAGCAUUUCUCAUGUAGCUCCUGCUUGAGGACAUUCCCUGGAGGAGCACGAUCUCUCUGAAGAGCACAGAAAGGACACGCUGCAAUGAAGUCAUUGUCAUCGCUCUGCAGUUUCAAGUCACUGUCUGGAAGGUGCACAGACGCCUUACUGGCAGACCUGGAAUCCACCACCUCACAUAUCUCAAAACGACCAGUGUUUCUAACAGAGGAAACACCUUACUCCUACCCAACUGGAAAUCACACGUACCAAGAAAUUGCUGUGCCACCUCCAGUGCCCCCACCACCUUCCAGUGAGGCCCUGAAUGGCACUGUGAUUGACCCCUUAGAUCAGUGGCAACCCAACGUAUCCAGAUACGUCCACCAGCAGCCUCAGCCCCAGUCUCCCAUAUACAGCUCUAGUGCCAAAAGCUCCAGUGCCUCUGUUCCUAGAGACGGGCUCAGCUCUCCUUCUCCCCGUGCCAGUGAAGAGGAACACGUCUACAGUUUCCCAAACAAGCAGAAGUCUGCAGAACCAUCUCCCACAAUGAACAGCUCCUCUCUGGGCAGCAACCUCUCAGAACUGGACAGACUUCUUCUGGAACUGAAUGCUGUUCAACAUAAUCCUGCCAGUGGCUUCCCGGCAGAUGAAGCCACUGGAAGCCCAUCACUGCCCAGCGUGGCUGGACCUCACUAUGUCGUCCCAGAGAGCAGCAGCUCUGUGGGAGGGAAGGCUGCACCCCCUACGAAAGAAAAGCCAAAGCGAAAUGGUGCACGUGGGAUUGAAGACGUGCGUCCCAGUGUGGAGAGCCUGCUGGAUGAGCUGGAGAGUUCUGUGCCAAGUCCAGUCCCUGCAAUCACCGUGAGCCAAGGAGAGGUGAGCAGCCCCCAGCGGGUCACUGCCAGUCAGCAGCAGUCCCGUAUAUCUGCUUCUUCAGCUACACGAGAACUGGAUGAGCUGAUGGCGUCUCUCUCUGACUUUAAGUUCAUGGCGCAGGGGAAAGCCGGGAGCAGCUCCCCUCCAUCCACAGCCUCCAAGCCUGGCAGUCAGCUGGACACCAUGCUGGGAAGUCUCCAGUCUGACCUGAACAAACUGGGUGUAGCUACAGUUGCCAAAGGUGUCUGUGGAGCCUGCAAGAAGCCUAUUGCUGGGCAGGUAGUUACAGCCAUGGGGAAAACCUGGCACCCUGAGCACUUCGUCUGCACCCACUGCCAGGAAGAGAUUGGGUCACGGAACUUCUUUGAGCGGGAUGGUCAGCCCUACUGUGAGAAGGAUUACCACAACCUCUUCUCCCCUCGCUGCUACUACUGCAAUGGGCCGAUCCUUGAUAAAGUGGUGACGGCUUUGGACAGGACAUGGCACCCUGAACACUUUUUCUGUGCCCAGUGUGGAGCUUUCUUCGGCCCUGAAGGAUUUCAUGAGAAGGAUGGCAAAGCCUACUGCCGCAAGGACUACUUUGACAUGUUUGCUCCCAAGUGUGGAGGCUGUGCCCGGGCUAUCCUGGAAAACUAUAUCUCUGCCUUGAACACCCUGUGGCACCCCGAAUGCUUUGUCUGUCGGGAAUGUUUCACACCGUUCAUCAAUGGCAGCUUCUUUGAGCAUGACGGGCAGCCCUACUGCGAGGUGCAUUACCACGAGCGUCGCGGCUCCCUCUGCUCCGGUUGCCAGAAGCCUAUCACAGGACGCUGCAUCACUGCCAUGGGCAAGAAAUUUCACCCUGAACACUUUGUCUGUGCCUUCUGCCUCAAGCAGCUCAACAAAGGAACCUUCAAAGAACAGAACGACAAGCCCUACUGCCAGAACUGCUUUCUCAAGCUCUUCUGUUAGGGGCAUCAUAGAUGUGCGCUAAGCAUCUUUCUGCCACCCCUUUGGCAGUUCUGUCUCUCUGAACGUGACUGUGAUUUGGAAACCUUACCAGGCAGGGGAGGAGGGUGGGGUGGGAGUGGGGUGGGAGUACUUUCUGCUGCUAUGGAGAGGCAGUAGAUCCAGAGAUGAGACAGACCAUUAAACUGGAAAUGCCCUUGCUGUGUCUCAGUAGAGAGGGGCCAAGUCCCUUCAUUACGGUGUGCGUGUCUGUGUGUGUGACUGUCAGCUGAGCUUAGCUCGAGGGCUCCAACGGGGAGAUUUCACCCAGCCCCUUCCUGGCAGAAGGAGCCUUUGCCAGUACAUUUCAGCCUGUGUCAGCUCUUGAGCAAAUCGUGACGCUUGCAGACUGCACAGCCCUCUGCUUUGACACCUCUUUCUCAGGCUUUUGUCGGCUCGCCUGCAGCCUGAGCAAUAGCACGGCGAGGGCACCCUGUGGUCUCAGUGCCACCAUGGCUCCACGCACCAGACCCGCAUGGUGUCUGUGACUUACUGAGAUCGGAGCAGGCAGCCAAGACCCUGCAAGGGUCUCUCCAGUUCCAUUACACUGUAAGGAGAUGAUACCACUUACUCUUUUUGUUUUUCUUUUUUUUAAAGAGGAAUCAAGAUGUUAAUGGGUGGGGUGGGUUUUUUUUGCUUUUUUUUACCACCCCCACCCCCCCGCCCCUAGUUUGUUAUUCCCUGCCUUUUCUCAACACACUGGAGCAGGACGUGGAGUAAGCCCUGACCGUCCCUCAGCACCGAUGUGCGCUCCUGUGGGUGACAGCCUCUGCCAGGCAGCUCCGUCAGCACCCAGGCCUGCUCGGGGCAUCUGCUCCCCUUGCCUGCUGCUCCCGGGAGAGAGGGGGAGGCAUCAUCCCUUCUUUAAAAGCAGCUGCAGAGAGGUUAGAGCACAGCCUUUUUCAUCCAUCCCUGUCAUGAGCGAGUGAGACGUGUGCGUGUUUAUCUGGCCUGAAACUCUCCCAUCUAUCAGGGCCUGAAACUGUCACAAGAGCAGGGAGAAGUGGAGAGGUUUAAGAAACCAGGAGGAAAAAAGGUCCAAACUUUGUAUCCUUUCUUCUUCCUCUCUUUGCUAAUGAAGACCUGUCAGCCCCUUGGUAUUCCCCUUUUCUGUGCUCUUGUUAAACAUGUUCCACUGAGAGAUGCUAGAGCAAUAACCUUUUAUACUGACUGUUACUGGUAUAACAAGUCCCUUGGGUCAGGUGUGUGACACACUUGGAGUUUUACUAUCAAAGUGAAUACUGUAUCCUGUCUUUGAUAAGAACCGUAGAUUUCUACACUGAUUUUGAAUUCAUAUAUAAUUUACUUUUAAUCCUCUUAUACAGAAAUUGGUUUUGAAGUGAUUUUAAGAAAGCAACUUUUAUAUCAAGCUGUGCUGUUCUAGGCAGUUUGCCAGUUGUGCUGGUUUACUGCAUCUGUAACCUCAACGCUUUGUUAAGCCUAACUAACAUUCAAUAUUUUCUUUUUGCGGAUUGGGAGGGGCUUGAAUCUAUGGGGAAGGGAAUUUGACUAUUUGGUUUUUUUUCCCCCCCUAGCACAGGCAGGUGAACUGUGAAUAGCUUUUUUCUUUGGUUUUGGGUUUUCUCUUCUUCUGGGUCACCUAAAAGUGUGUUUUUUAGUUUUUAUUGUAACCUGUAAACUGCUGUAUUUGAAUUGCCUGCCGUUCUCCCAAAGCCCAGCUUCCAGGAUGUUAUAGUGAGUCUUAAUAUGAUGCUGCAGCAGGGAAGAGCUCAGACCUUCGCACUCCAGUUUCUCUUCUUCAGCCUCCUGAAAGCAGAGCAGGGCUAGCUGGGAGGGGUGGGGGGGCUUCCUUUUCCCCUGUGGAAGAAGGGUCUUGUGAAGAUGUUGGAAGAGACAGACUCUGUUCCUGACUAGCUGCGUAACUUUGGGCCAGUCGCUAAACCUUACCGUGCCUCAGUUUCCCCAUCUGCAAAAUGGGGGCAGUUUAGCCUGGAUUUGUGAGGUUAUUGUGAGGCUUAGUUCAUGUUUGCUAAAGCACUUUUAGGUCUCUGGCUGGAGGGUGCUAUGGAAGGUGAAAUAUUACGAUGAAAUACCCGAUGGCAUUCUGUGGUACCAGCUGACGCAGCCCGGCAAGCGGUGUUUGGAAUUACUUCUCCAGAGCGCUACAGCACUAUCGUCGUCGCCAUCUGUUUGUGCUUUUCAGCUUGGCAGGUGCAUUAGGGGUCUGGGGGCAACUGUGUCAGAAAUCAGCCUGACCUUAGGCUGGAAUCUGUGGGUUGGUGUCCCGCCUAACCUUGCUGUGGUGCUUUGCUGCCCUGCUUCAGUCGCUGAAACUGUUUUUCACCAGGUUCCUGUACAAAUGAACCUCAGUUUGUGGUUGUGAGACUGGAGGGAGCUGUGGAAGCACUAGAGCUAAAGCUGUGUCAGCGGGGCUGAGCGCAGCUCUCGGAGAGUUAGCGAGGCAACAAGCCUUACGCACGUGUCUUUUCAUCUUUGAGACUGAUCUGACUUAAAAUGGACAUUUCUAAGCUGCGUGUGCUUAUCUUGCUGAAAAGGGCAACUUCAUUUGGCCGCGCUACGAGGACGAAAAGCUGUUCUGUCAGGAGUGCUGGAGAGGGGCGAGACGUUUCUAGCACUGCUGCUUGUUGUGUGACACCUGCAAACUGUGUAAUCAUGUGCCUCAGUUUCCCUGUCUGGGGAGUCUUUAACCUACCUCACUCCUAGUUGAGGCUUGUGAGAGUGAUGCUUCUGGCACGCGUGCCGCGGCGGGGUGCUGGUGGUGCGCCCUGCCCAAGGGGAGGCUCGCCUGCCGUUAGUGCUUAAUAGAGAUGGUUAAACGUCACCUCCUGAGCGAGAGGUUGAGCAUGUCUUGGGUUUAUCUGGUUUCUGACGUGCCGGGCUGCUGCUACGCGGACACUACUCUGCCAAACGGUGACUCUUCGUGGCCGCCACCGCCGAUGUCCAAAAUUGCCUGUUGGUUGAUUUCAGAUGCAGUUUCAGGGUGGAACGGCCACGGUGUGGUCCCGGAGCGGGGUGCUGGGGGGGAGACGGGGGUGCGAGGGCCAGGCGGGUGCCGUGGUGCGGCCCGGGGAGCGGGGGGCUGGGUGUCCCCGUCUGUGUGCAGCCCCCCGGGCCACGCGCUACCCCUGCGGAAGGUUUCACUCCCCCAUGUCGGGGCUGGGCUGCGGGACGCUCUGCUGGGUCGACAAGUUAUUUGAUAUUUUCCUCCCUUGUAAACUUUUUAACUCCGCGCUUUUUUUUUUCCCAUUUAAAGUUCUUGCAGUUACGCUAUAAUAAAAUUUUUACCGUU